GUGGCCGGCGCCGCCGCGCCGGUGCCGCAGAUGCAGCCGAUGAUGCCGUACCAGGUCCAGCCUGGAAACCUGCGGCCCUUCGCUCCGAUCCCGAACGGUUACGCCGCAGCUCCGCAAGGGACCGUGCUUCCCGCGGGUGGGUUUUUGAACCAUUCGUUAUUUUGAUUGUUUGUGUUUAUGUGCAUUGAAUUUAGUUUUACGCUUUCGUUGUUGGUUGCUUCAAUGUUUUAUGACUUCGGAGUUAUAGUUAUGACUUAUCAGUGUGUUUCUUUACUAUUGCGCGAUGGUUAGAUGUGAAAUGUGGUGGCACUAAAGAAGACAAUUAUAGAGUUGAUUGUUAUUAAGGGGGAGAGUGUUUGUUUAGGAAGAGUGGGUUGUUGGGAGAGGUUUAGAGAGUUCUUAAUGGUUAGAUAAGGGGUAUCGAUGACGGGGUGUUUUCUCCUACUACAGUGUCUUGAUUGAAUUCAUUGAGAAAGGUUGGAGGGCUUCUUCCUAUUGCUUAAAGACACCUCUCUACAACUCAUUUUUUGGUAUGCACAUAUUUGCCUGGUUUCUAGCUUGUCUUGUCUUUUACUGGAAUUCGAAAUGUCGCUCAUGUGGAGCGAUGCUGAAAUGAAAGAGUGAUUGUUCUUUUGUCGAUCUAAAUAAUGCAUGGUUGUGUCGUGCUCAUUUUAGUAGGCCACUUUCUGCUAGUUAUAAGAGUACUUUCCCUUCCAUGGCUUUAUGAAUUCCAGAAGCCGACAAUGUUUGCAACUGAAUGCACGUUGGCCUUGUGUCGUGAGGAAUUCCCCGUUAUCCCCCUCCUUAUGGAACUAUGGUUCGUCCUGUAUUUCCUCCACGUCCUCCUGGAGUAGUUAACAUACCUCCAGUAUCACGCCCACCUGUUGCAGGGAUCCCUGCAGUUCGCCCGAUUAUUCCUCCUGUUGUCAGACCUAUGGUAACCCCUAGUGUUACUCAAGCCGAGAAGUCUCAGAACACAGUUUACAUUGGCAAGAUUGCACCAACUGUGGAAAAUGAGUUCAUGCUGUCUCUCCUUCAAUUAUGUGGAACUAUCAAGACCUGGAAACGUCCUCAGGAUUUAUCAACUGGGACUCCUACAAGUUUUGGGUUUUAUGAAUUUGAGUCUGCUGAAGCGGUUCUCCGUGCCUUGCGUCUUCUUAAUAAAUUGAAUAUCGAUGGGCAAGAACUAAAGGUCAAUGUCAAUCAAGCUUUGAAAGAACAUCUGGAGCGGUAUGUUGUUCAGAAGAAAACUGAGAACUUGAAGAACAAAGAAACUCAGGCAGAAGUAGUUGGAAAAGAUGAUGAAGGUGCACAACCUUCUAAUGCGAAUGAGGAUGCAAAGGCUGACACAGAACCCUCAAAUAAAGCUGAUGAAUCAACAAACAAGGAAUCCCGUGAUGUGGCAAACUUUGGGAUUGUCACUGAUGAAGAUAGAGAAGCUGAUCGUGAGGCUUUAGAAAAGAUCACAAAGAUGAUAGAGGAAAGGGUGAAGACAAGACCUUUGCCACCACCACCACCUGCACAACCAACUGGUGAUGGUUCUGUGAAUUUAACUUCAGAACAACCUGUUAAAACAAGAGAUGGAGACUCUGUUAUGGAUACAGAGAAGAAUGAAUCAGCUGAAAAUAAAAAUGAUAAAGAGACAAACAAUGAUAACAAACCAACCAGUGAACACAAUAGGCCUGAAAGCCCUGAUAGGAGGCAUGAUAGGAAAAGCAGAGAGAGGGACCGAGAUAGGGAACAUAAACGAGAAAAGGAAAGGGAACUUGAAAGAUAUGAAAGAGAAGCAGAGCGGGAACGCAUUCGGAAAGAGAGGGAACAAAGACGAAGGAUUGAGGAGGCUGAGCGUCAGUAUGAAGCAUAUUUGAAGGAUUGGGAGUAUAGAGAAAGAGAGAAAGAGAAAGAACGCCUGUAUGAAAAAGAGAAGGAGAAGGAAAGGGAGCGUAAAAGGAGAAAGGAAAUACUUUAUGAUGAAGAGGAUGAGGAUGAGGAUUCUAGGAAGAGGUGGCGCAGAAGUGUGCUAGAGGAUAAGAGAAAGAAGAGGCUGCGUGAGAAGGAAGAUGACCUAGCUGACAGACAAAAAGAAGAGGAAGAAAUUGCUGAAGCCAAGAAAAAGGCUGAGGAGGAACAGAAGCAGCAAAGAGAUGCAUUAAAGCUAUUAGCUGAGCAUGUUGUAAAUGGUGUUAAUGAAAAUAUGGCUACUGAAAAGAUUACUGAUGAGGUCAGAAGCAUUGUUGCUGAACAAGAUACUAUGGCUGAUUAUAAUAGUCGUGAAGAUCAUAUUGGUGAUGGUCAUUCACUAAAUGUCAUCAAUGAUGACUCAACCAUAGCAUCUGUUGCUCCAACUGAUACACAGUCAAUUGGGAAUGCUCCUACAAAGAAAUUGGGGUUUGGUCUAGUUGGUUCAGGAAAAAGAACAACUGUUCCUUCUGUUUUCCAUGAAGAGGAGGAUGAUGAAGCACACAAGGACAAAAAAAUGAGGCCAUUGGUUCCAAUUGAUUACUCAACUGAAGAAUUGCAGGCUGUUCAACCUACAGUUUCUGGUCCAACACCACCAAAUUUGGUUGCAGCUGCAGAAUUUGCAAAGCGCAUAUCCAGUACAAAUUUCAAGGAAGAGAAGGUAGAUGGAGAACGGGAUAGAAGUAGGCGUUCAAAUGAAAAGUCUAACCACCGGGACAGGGACAGGAGUGAUGAAGAUAGUACUCACAACAGAGAUGAAAACAAGGAGAGAAUUCCUGAUCGUGACAGGGAUCGAGAUCAUGGAUCGGAGAAACUUAAGACUUCGGAUAACAAGAGGCUUUUGGAUGCAAAACAAUUGAUCGAUAUGAUACCAAAGACCAAGGAGGAGUUGUUCUCAUAUGAGAUAGACUGGGCAGUUUAUGACAAGCAUCAAUUACAUGAAAGAAUGAGACCGUGGAUUUCAAAGAAAAUCAAAGAGUUUUUGGGAGAAGAAGAAAGCACAUUGAUAGACUAUAUUGUUUCCAGUACACAAGAACAUGUGAAAGCAUCUCAAAUGCUUGAGCGUCUUCAGAUCAUUUUGGAUGAAGAGGCUGAAAUGUUCGUUCUGAAAAUGUGGAGGAUGCUUAUCUUUGAAAUAAAGAAGGUAGAGACAGGGCUAGCUUUGAGGUCAAAAUCAUGAAUUUUUUAAUUGUAUGUUCUUCUUUCUCUUUGCUGCUGUAUUGAAUUUUAACAUGACCGUGGACAUGUCUUUACCCAAAAUUGUAAAAUGGCUGCAUAAUCAUAAACGGUUGAAUGUAAUUUUUCAGUCUGUAUUGCUUUUACAUUCAAGUAGUUAUCCUGAUAUCCCCGUUUUCUUAUCCAUGAGAAUUCGGUGGCAGUUUUUGUCA